AUGUCAGAAAUGCAACACUUACAUAUUUUAAGAGAAAAGCCAGAAGGUAAAGAUGAGAAGAGAAUUUGUAGAUGGUAUAACACACCAGGAGAAUGUUGGAGAGGUGAUAGAUGUGAAUAUUUACAUAUUAAAAAAACUGAUGUAUUAACCCAAGAUAAAGAGGCAGUAUUUGUCUGGGAUGAAGACCAAUCUGAAAUAUUACCAGAAGUUGAUACAUUAGUUGUGGUUGUUGUGUCUACUAUAAUUAGUCCUAGACAUUUUUAUGUAUUAUUACCUUAUGGUAAAACAACUUUAGAUUACCUACAAUCUCAGAAAGAUGCCUUCAUAAAAAAUAAUAAUAAAAAUAAAAUAUUUUUUGUUGAUUUUGGUAAUACAAGUUGGAUAGAUGAAAGAAAGAUACGUAAAUUAGAUGCCCAGUUCUUACAUCUACCAUUACAAGCUCUAGAAUGUUUCUUAGAAGAUGUUGAACUUCCAAAAAGGAAAACUGUUUGGUCUUAUGCUUCAAGGGAAUAUUUCCAUAGUUUAGUUGAUGGUAAAACACUUGUAGCUCAGAUAACAUCCAAAUCAUGGAAUGGAAGUUUAAAGGUGAAUUUGUUUGAUACUAGUGGUAGAAAAGAUAUCAAUGUAGCUCAAGCUUUAAUUGAGGCAGGGUAUGCUUGUGAAACCCCAGAUGAACAUCCUAUGAAUCUAUCUAGGACCUCUAGUAUGGAAUCUAUAGUCUAUAUGCCUGGUUAG